AUGUUGAGAUUUGAUCAGUUAAAACUAGCUUAUAAUAAAUUUCGCUUUAAUGUUGUUCUGCCAUUCAUUAUUUUGAUCUCUUAUACUUUACUAGGUGCAGCCAUUUUUCGUAGCCUUGAGCUUCAUCGCGAUCAAAAUGAGCGUGAAGUGUUCCGAAAAAGUUAUAGCUAUGCAUUCGACCAGAUGAUCAAGCGGAUUAUGGAGAUACGGUGCGAUGAUCAAAUAAUUCGUAAUGACGAAAAUCUCCAAGUGAAAUAUACGAAAGAAGCAAUUGAUUGGUUAUUCCAUUACUUAAAUUUUACCGAUAUAAUUAGUGAGCGAACAGAAUCCAGUCCAUGGUCAUGGUAUGGUGCGAUGUUUUACGCUGGACAACUUUACACAACAAUAGGCUAUGGACUACCGGUAGCAAAAACGAAAGCAGGUCAAAUAGCAAGUAUUUUUUAUAUAAUGAUUGGUAUUCCGAUUUUUUUAAUUAUUUUGAAGGAUGGAAAGCGUAAUCAAGGAUAUAUGAAGUGGGUUCAAAUCGGAGAAAAUGGAAAUCAUAAAAAUAAUUCGACAAUUGAAUUUGACAUCGAAGAGAAUUCUUCGUUUCAAAGCAAUGACUUGAAAAAACGAAGGUCGCAGGAUCAUGCAUUUCCUAUUCCAAUUGCAUUAACAAUUCUAGUAUUUUGGAUUGGAUUUUCCGCUGCACUCUUUUGUUUGUGGGAAACUGAAUGGGGAUAUCUCACUUCAGUAUAUUUUUUUUUCGUCUCCAUAAGCACUGUUGGUCUUGGUGACAUAGUUCCUGGCAAUAAAGAUAUGAUGCUUGUUAAUUUUUUGCUGAUUUUAAUCGGCCUUGCUUUAUUAUCGAUGUGUAUAAACCUUAUACAGGUAUUAGAUUACAUUUUUCUUAAUGGAACAAAAUUACCAAAAAUCUCAACUUUCUAA